AUGAGCUCAGUGGAGAAUUCGCCAUCGGCAGGUCCCGGUUCGUCUGGUUCGUCUGGUUCCUCGCCACGGAAGCGGAUCAGAGUAGGCAAAGCUUGUGAGACCUGCAGGAAAAGGAAAGUGAAAUGCGAUGGGACGUCACCUUGCCAUAACUGUAUUGCUCAUCAAGUGGCUUGCACUUACGAUUACUCGUCAGCGAAACCACGAGGGAAAUACAAAAAAAAACCGAAAGUUAUCAAGACUAUGGGAUUUCAUGAUACGAAUAGUGUUUAUUUAGAGGAUCAAACUGCGAAAUUGUUGUUGCAAUUAGGCUCAAAAUUGGAUUCUAAUAACAGUAACGAACAGGAUAACGACGAUGGAAUUGCUUCGACCACUACAAGAAAUAUGAGUGCUAGUAUUAGUAACACAAUUGCUCUAGACGAGGACGACAAUAAUGAAGAUUAUGAUGAGUCCAGUCGGAGAACAGAGAAUGUCUCACCUUGGUUUUGUUACUCUUAUGAAAAAUAUAGAUUCCAUACAAGGUAUCAGAAUAUCUUACCAUUUGUGUUUGGUAACUCUGCAAUCUCUGAUUUACCUCACGAUGUCAUCAUUUCAAAUAAUUUAGAGGUACCUCGUGUUCAAAAUUAUGGUUGGAACUUAUCGGGUGGCCAUUAUUUGAAAUUGAAAUCGAUGAAUGCUCAGGAUCUUCAAAUUGAAAUAUUAAAUUUCGACAAUCCAAUACAUGUAUCAAUAGUGAAAAAAUUAUUAACUUAUUAUUUUAAUAGUAUCAAUAAACCACUUUCAAUCAUCCAUGAAAAGAUGUUUUGGCAACAAUUUAAUAAUGGGUUUCUUCAACAACGAAAGACAAACACAAAAUCAACAAAAUUGUUUCUCUCGAUAUUAUAUUUAUUGCUUACCAUUGCCCUUAGAUUCCAUGACGGUGAAACAGUUACGACAUCCCGAAUAGAUUUCACUAUGGAUGAAUGGACAUAUUUGACUAGUAAUGCGAGAAAAUUAGAGAGUCGUUUAUUUAGUUACAGUUAUACAGUGGUAACCAAGCUAACUUUUGAAUGGGAAUCCUUCGAAUUGAUGCAAUCGUGGCUCCUGAUGGCAUUUUAUUUAAGAUCAUCUCAUAGGCAAAUUGCCGCUUGGAAUGCACUCAGUAAAGCCAUUACAAUGUGUAAAGGGAUGUCUCUAGAGUUGAACCGGUUACCAACAAAACAUAAACCUGGAGAUGUCACGAAAUCAUGGCAUUGCUUUUGGCUUUGUUUCAUCAUGGAUAAAAUGAUUAGUUUCCAAGUUGGAAGAAGAUAUCAAUUGGAUUUACCCGUCGAAUCAAUGGUUAAUCCACAGGAAUACUACAAGGACGGAAAUGAAGAAUGGUUCCAUGAUGAAACGAUUCAAAUGUAUCAAUUAUCAUUAUUGAUUGUACAAUAUCAAAAACCAUAUAGUCGAGAAUUAACCGUGUCUGAAUGCAACGAAUUUAGAUCAAAUUUAAAACAAUGGCUUGCUACACAAUUGAAAGGUAAUCUUUAUAAUCUAAUGACAUCAAAUUUCACUGCAUGGCAAAUCCAACCGUUAAUGACAUACUUAGAUAUUGCUUUGACGUUCGAAUGUAAAUCUGUAUUAUCUUUAUUAAACCCACCAAAUGAUAAACUAUCGAGUCCACUAGAGUUCAAUGUCGAUUUCGAUUCAUUGUUGUCUACAAGUGAAUUGGCAUUAUCUAUCUUAGAGAAAUUAAAUAGAGGGAACCUCUAUUUUGUCCCAUGGUGGUUAAAUCUAUCUCUACUAUUUACAAUAAGUAUCACAAACUUGGUACUAACCCAUUCUGGGAUACGUCGCCAAACACCAAAAAAUAAUUUGGAGAGAUGCAUGAGUCUAUGGAAUAACCUUGAGUCUGCGAGACCAAGAAAUCCACCAAGUAUGCUAGCGCAAUGCAUUUGGUGUUUAAAGAUGUUAAAUUACAUAUCGUGUUUAAGAUUGGUAAAUACAGCCCAGAUAUUGAGAAAUACCAUUGGAGUUGAUCUGAAGGAUAAUACUCCAAAUAAGAACAAUUUCCACCAAUUUAGUAAAGCUGGAGAAGAAGGCGCCGAUGAAGAAGCCAAUGAGACAAACCAACAACAAUCACCACGACCACCACCAUCAUCAUCAUUAGCACAGGAACUGGCUCCAUUACAUCAAAGAACUGUUCCUGGGAUAGUAGGACAGGUGCGGACUAAUGGAAAUCCGAACCUUUUAAAUAUAUUAGCACCAAUGAACAACAUGUCAUACCCAAACGUAUCGGAUAUUACACCCACGGCCACAUCAGGAAUGCUAAAUGGUACUGUGAAUUCUACACCUUCCGAUCUACUCGAGGAUGACCUGUUUGCUAAUCUACAAUGGUUUGAUCAAACGUUCGUAUAG